GCCGACCUUACCCGUAUGGCGGGCGCGCCUACUUGGUAUAUCGUUCAAAUAUGCGGAGUUGAGAAGCUUGAGCUUGAGCUUGCUGAGCGGUCGGCGGCUUGUACAGUACUCCCGUAUGUCAUCUUUCUCAAACCCUUACAUGAACGCUGACCGGUACGUGUGCAUAUCAAUCUGACGCCUGUUUGACAUUGUCACCGGGCCCAUCACAUUCGCGGUGAGGCAAUACAUCCGAAAUCGGAGCUAUGCGAGGGAGUCAGUGAGACAUACUAAUAUGGAGGGAGGGGUCGCUUCGGAGGAGUACUUAGCAGCGAGCUAGGUCAAAAACAUCCCCCAAUCUUUCACGAUGCCGUCUACCGAGGGUACCAUGGUGGUAGACCAACGUCCCAUUCUCCCAAUCUUACCAUUCUUCUUGGUGUCACAGCUCGGCCAUGCAUGCAUAAUUGCGCUGUCUCCUCGUCGAUCUGGACGUCUUGGCGGCACGGUCUUUCUCUACUCAAUCAUUGCGGCAGCAUACAGGUGCACUAUGGGAGAUGCCCAGCGAAACUAUUCCAUAGGCAACGCCAUCAUGAGCCAAGUGUUCUCCAUAUUCCUGCUGAAUUGGCUCACGAACCCGGUGUACGACUUCCGCCAUGAGCGUGACUACGUUGCGCCAGCGGAAAUCCCCUUCCUACGUCGGGUCUGGUGGGCGCUAUGUGUGAUUAAUAGUCCGCGAGGAGUGGGAUGGUCAUACGAGGUAGCUAACACGCCGCCACGCCCCAGUGAGCCGCGGUGGUCGUUCGUCCGCAAGAGGCUCCUGAGCGCAUUCCGCUGGUUCCUAUUCCUCGAUCUCGCCCAAUCAUACCAGCGCUCCAACCCACUAUUCUCGAGACGAGACAUGGAUCUCUGGUCGCAAGGCUAUUUCAUGCUUCCUGUCAAUAUCGCCGCCCGAUUUAGCAGCCUUGUGGGAAUAAUCGCGAUGCAGUACGCGCUGCUCGCCGCAAUGUUCGUAGCGCUUGGGUUCUCCCUGCCGCGAGACUGGCCGGAAGUCUAUGGUCGCUGGUCCGACUCAUACACAGUUCGGAGGUUCUGGGGGCGAACCUAUCAUCAGCUGCUCCGUCGACUCACCGCAGGCAUCGGCAAGGCUUGCUGCCGCGUUUUGGGGUUGCAGCCCGGCUCAUGGGCGUCCUCGUACACCCAACUUUAUAUCGGAUUCGCUAUCUCAGGCCUUCUGCAUUGUGGCGGCGACCUAAUGGUCAAUCCGUCCCUAUUCGGGUCUUCCUUUCAGUUCUUCAUCUCGCAGGCCAUCGCGAUCACCUUCGAGGACGCCGUCAUCGGUAUCAUUCGGAGGACCGGCGUGAAGUUUCCUCGAUCGCUCGCGCACCUCAUUGGGUACUCCUGGGCGAUCGUGUGGUUAUGCGUCUCCGCACCGUGGAUGAUUAAUUGGACGUUGAAGGCCGGGAUCAUCGACACCAACCGCAUACCGAUCUCAUUGAUUGACCGCGUAGCACCGAAUUUGGGUGCAUGGUUUAUCACUACAGUCCCGAGGGAGUUCAAUGCAGAGGCAUGACCAGAGACGAUAAUCGCGAUUAUUAGGGUAUUUUUGCUGCAGGAAUGUUAUUGGCGUACCGCAUGACACUAGUACUGCUAUCGGGACGGGAAUCGCGCUACUAAGUUUCACGUGUAUGACAUGUUCUCACAGUUCACAGCAGUUGUACUCGCACUCAUGGGCCUGUGUAAUCAGCAUAACACUUGUCGCA